AUGGAGGCCACCACAGCAGACCUUCAGCUGGUGCCGGAGGCGACCAAGGGAAUCCCAGCCCCCGACUCAGUGUGCUGCCGAGUCGCGGUGGUCGCACUGGUGGCCACCAGCAUGGCCGUCCUCUCCCUGGGAGUCCUGCUGGCCUUCCUCUCCACGCAGGCCGUCCACGUGGAACACAGCGUGGAGCUGCGGGGGAUCCGCUACACCAGCGCCCUGCAGCGUGAGAGCUCAGACUACCACCAGGCGCUGACCGGUGCUCUGCAGACACUGUUUGUAGGUAGCUUCCGGAAGACCGAAUUAGAAGCAAGCUGUGUGGGCUGCACGGUUCUCAGUUACAGGAAUGGGAACGCCAGUGUCUUGGUGAGGUUCCGGCUGCACUUCCUGCUGCGAGCCCUGCGGCCACUGAGCCUGGACUUGGAGGAGAACCUCUUACAGCGGGGAAUCUGGGCGAGGCUUCGGGAGCAUGGCAUCCCCUUGGCUGCCUAUGGCACCAUUGUAUCGGCCGAGCUCACAGGCAGCCUCAGGGAGCCAGUGACCGGAAGAGACUUCAAAUCAGGCCACUGCCCAGGGAAUUCUUUUUCCUGCCAGAAUAGCCAGUGUGUGACCAAGAUCAACCCAGAGUGUGACGACAGGAGGGACUGCUCAGAUGGAUCCGACGAGGUGGACUGCGACUGCGGGCUGCAGCCGGCCUGGAGGACGGCGGGCAGGAUCGUGGGCGGCGUGGAGGCGGCGCCCGGCGAGUUCCCCUGGCAGGUCAGCCUGCGGGAGAACAACGAGCACUUCUGCGGGGCCACCAUCAUCGGGCCCACCUGGCUGCUGUCUGCCGCCCACUGCUUCAAUGAAUUCCAGGACCCCGCGGAGUGGGUGGCGUCGGCGGGCACCACGCACCUGAGCGGGGCGGCGCCGGGCGCCGUGCGGGUGCGCGUGGCCCAGAUCACCCCGCACCCGCGGUACGACGCGGACACGGCCGACUUCGACGUGGCGGUGCUGCGGCUGGCGCGGCCGCUGCGCUUCGGCCGCUACGUGCAGCCCGCCUGCCUGCCCGGCGCCGCGCACGUCUUCCCGCCCGGCCGCAAGUGCCUCAUCUCGGGCUGGGGCUACCUCAAGGAGGACUUCCUGGUCAAGCCAGAGGUGCUGCAAAAAGCCACGGUAGAGCUUCUGGACCAGGCCCUGUGUGCCAGCCUGUAUGGCCACUCGCUCACCGACAGGAUGCUGUGUGCUGGUUACCUAGACGGGAAGGUGGACUCCUGCCAGGGUGACUCUGGAGGCCCCUUGGUCUGUGAGGAGCCUUCUGGAAGGUUCUUUCUAGCUGGCAUCGUGAGCUGGGGCAUCGGCUGUGCAGAAGCCCGGCGUCCAGGGGUCUAUGCCCGGGUCACCAGGCUGCGGGACUGGAUCCUGGAGAUGAUCAACAUGGCCAGCCUGCCCCCAGUCUCCACAGUGGCUCCUGUCCCCACCACCUCCAGUGCCACCUGGCUCACCAGCCCUGCGAGCCCCUCCGUGGGCACCUCCACCAAGCCCACCCUGGCCCCCAGCACCGCGCCCCUGGCUUCUGUCACUGCAGCUAAGCCACAAGAGUGUGGGGCCAGGCCGGCGAUGGAGAAGCCCAUCAGGAUCGUGGGUGGGUUUGGGGCUGUACCUGGGGAGGUGCCCUGGCAGGCCAGUCUGAAGGAAGGUUCCAGACACUUCUGUGGAGCCACCGUGGUAGCUGACCGCUGGCUGCUAUCUGCUGCCCACUGCUUCAACAACACGAAAGCCGAGCAGGUGCAGGCACACCUGGGCACCGCCUCCCUGCUGGGCACAGGCGGGAGCCCCGUGAAGCUGGGGCUCCGGAGGGUGGUCCUGCACCCCCGCUACAACCCCAGCAUCCUGGACUUCGACGUGGCCCUGCUGGAGCUGGCCAGGCCGCUGGUCUUCAACAAGUACAUCCAGCCCGUCUGCCUCCCCUUGGCCAUCCAGAAGUUCCCCGUGGGCCGGAAGUGCAUGAUCUCAGGCUGGGGUAACAUGCAGGAAGGGAAUGCCACAAAGCCCGAGGUCCUGCAGAAGGCGUCUGUGGGCGUCAUCGAGCAGAAGGUCUGCAGCUCCCUCUACAACUUCUCCCUCACCGACCGCAUGCUCUGCGCAGGCUUCCUGGAGGGCAGAGUUGACUCCUGCCAGGGUGACUCUGGGGGCCCCCUGGCCUGUGAGGAGACCCCUGGCAUCUUUUACUUGGCUGGCAUUGUGAGCUGGGGCAUUGGGUGUGCCCAGGCCAACAAACCAGGCGUGUACGCGCGGAUCACCCGGCUGAAGGGCUGGAUCCUACACACCAUGUCCGUGGCUCCCGUCCCCACGCCUCGCCCCUCCAGCACGAGGAGGACACCGGCCACCACCAGGCCCCCCCACAGGAUGACCACCCCAGAGGCCACCACCAGCACAGCCACCAGUCCCAAGGCCACCAGCAAAGCCACCACCCGCCCUGCUAACACGACCAUCCCCUCCAGAGCCACCCCGGCCGCAGGACAGAUACUGUCCACUGCCGCCGCCGCCCCCAUGGAGACCACCACGCGCUCCCAGCCACCAGGUACCAUGGGGUACAGGGUCACUGCUGCACCACUGCCGUGGCUUGUGAGCCUGUGGCUGCGGCGCCGCGAGCACCGGUGCGGGGCUGUGCUGGUGGCCGAGAGGUGGCUGCUGUCCGCUGCACACUGCUUCGACGUCUACGGGGACCCCAAGCAGUGGGCAGCUUUCCUGGGCACGCCGUUCCUGAGCGGCGCCGAGGGCCAGCUGGAGCGCGUGGAGCGCAUCUACAAGCACCCAUUCUACAACCUCUACACGCUCGACUACGACGUGGCGCUGCUGCAGUUGGCCGGUCCGGUGCGCCGCAGCCGCCUGGUGCGCCCCAUCUGCCUGCCGGGCCCCGCGCCGCGGCCCCCCGACGGCGCGCGCUGCGUUAUUACUGGCUGGGGCUCCGUGCGCGAGGGAGGCUCCAUGGCGCGGCAGCUGCAGAAGGCGGCCGUGCGCCUCUUCAGCGAGCAGACGUGUCGCCGCUUCUACCCGGUGCAGAUCAGCAGCCGCAUGCUGUGCGCCGGCUUCGCGCAGGGCGGCGUGGACAGCUGCUCGGGUGACGCCGGGGGACCCCUGGCCUGCAGGGAGCCCUCGGGCCGGUGGGUGCUCACUGGGGUCACCAGCUGGGGCUACGGCUGCGGGCGGCCCCACUUCCCGGGGGUGUACACCCGCGUGGCCGCCGUGAGGGGCUGGAUAGCGCAGAACAUCCAGGAGUGAGACCCGACCGAGGACCCCGAGCUGGCCCGCCCCGCGCCGGCUUGGCGCAGCACAGGAGCGGAGACCCUGCUCUCCCAUCUUGAGACGAGGACUCCCCCCCACUUGGGGUUAGUGCCCCACCUGCCCCCCCCCAUAGCAGAGCCCUCCAAACCACCCACACCCCAACACUCUCCCAA